GGGCCGGGCCGGGCGCUGCGGCGGAGCGAGCGGGCGGCGCGGCUGGGCCCCCCAUCCCCGGCCCCCCCCGGGCCCCUCCGGCCCCGGCGGCGAGGCGGGGGCCGCGGCCGCGCCGGCCAUGCCCCCCGGAGCCUGAGGCCCGCGGCCGCGGGGCGCCCGCAGCAUGCGGAGGAUCCGGCGGCUGGUGCAUCUGGUGCUGUUCUGCCCCUUCUCCAAGGGCCUGCAGGGUCGCCUCCCGGGCAUCAAGGUGAAGUACCUGCUGGUGGUGUGGCUGGGCAUCUUCGUGGGCAGCUGGGUGGCCUACAUGCACUACUCGUCCUACUCCGAGCUCUGCCGCGGCCACGUCUGCCGGAUGAUAAUCUGUGACCAGUACAAGAAAGGAAUCAUUUCUGGCUCCACAUGCAAGGAUCUGUGUGAGGAACGUGGCCUCCUCUUCCAGCACUGCCUCUCCUCCUCUCCCACCCAGCAGGUUUACAGCGGGCUCUGGAGGGACAGGGAGGUGAUCAUCAAAUGUGGCAUUGGAGAAGCCCUGAGGGCAGACAGCCGCCCGGACUCUGUGCCCAGGAGGGAUGUGGUGCUCUUCGACAAACCCACACGGGGGACAUCCAUGGAUGAGUUCAAAGAAAUGCUCCUCAACUUCCUCAAGUCCAAGCUGGGAGAUCAGCCAUCCCUCCCAGCCCUGGUGAGCCGGGUCAUCGCCAUGGCCGACGUGAACCGUGACGGGAAAGUGUCUCUGGCCGAGGCCAAAUCCAUCUGGGCGCUGCUGCAGCUCAAUGAGUUUCUUCUCAUGUUCUCCCUGCACGAGAAGGAGCACACUGCCAAGCUGCUGGGGCACUGUGGGGACCUCUACGUCACCGAGAAGAUCCCCCACACCUCCCUCUACGGGCUGGAUGUCCCCCCCUUCCUCCAGUCGCUGCUGCCUUCCGUCGCCCACCAGCUCCUCCACCAGUGGUUCGCGCCGGCGUGGCCCCGGCGCGCCAAGAUCGCCAUCGGCCUCCUGGAGUUCGUGGAGGAGAUUUUCCACGGCACCUACGGGAGCUUCUACAUCUGCGAGACGGGCUUCAGGAACGUGGGCUACAACGACAAGUUCGACUUCAAGAUGGUCGACCUGAGGAAGGUGGCGACGGAGGCGACAGUCAGGGGGUUCCUCAAGGGGCGUCACUGUGAGCAGAACGUGGACUGCACCUACGGGCGGGACUGCACGGCGGCCUGCGACAAGCUGCUGAAGCAGUGCAAGGGCGACAUGGUGCAGCCCAACCUGGCCAAGGUGUGCGGGUUGCUGCAGGACUACUUGCUGUACGGGGCGCCGCUGGAGCUGAAGGAUGAGCUGCAGAAGCAGCUCCGAACUUGCAUGACCCUCAGCGGCCUGGCCAGCCAGAUGGAGGUGCACCACUCCCUCGUGCUCAACAACCUCAAGACCUUGCUCUGGAAGAAGAUUUCCAACACCAAAUAUUCCUAACGGGGGAAGCAUGGCCCUGGAGUUUAGGAUCUGCCACCUCGGAGUCAAGUCUAAGGGCUGAAGGCCUGUUUCUCCAUCUUCCCCACAGGUAAAAUACACCCUGCACAGGGAGUUCAGCAGAGCUGCAGCCCCUUCUCCAUGGAAAACCAAGCUUCAUGACUUCCACCGCCCAGCAGGAUCAUGGAUCAGUCAGCAGGAGUGUCUGCAGUGGGACACCAGGCUGGACAGGCUUGGGGGAGGAAGAUGACAUGGAAAGGGAUAAGGAAGCGGAGCCCAGCUGGAUGCAUCUAAGUGUUUCUUGAUUAACAGGAAAGCAGAGCAGAGUGAUGGGAAUGAAUCAUUCAUGCUGUACUUGUCACAUCUUCUUUUGAUGAACGUCUCUGAUGUAAAUAAACAGCUUUUACGUGAAUCACACCAGUACAUCAAUACUGAAACAGCAGCCUGUUAAGUACCAGCUUGUUUGUGAUCUAAAAAGGAGGAGAAGGUAGAUUUCCUGAUUCAAAAGUCUCUCCUUAAGUGUCUGAGUCAUCUGCCAUCAGAUCCAGCUGUAACAUAGGAAGCAGAUAAGCAGUCUGUUCCACAGUGUUGAAUCCUGGCAAUUCUUUGGUUCCAUUUUUAAGUGCCUGACCCUGACAGUGAUGCCAUGGCUUGUGUGAGGCUCCCACUUGGCUGCUCCCACCCCGAGUCCAAAAUUGGCAGCACAGGCCAUUCCCUCACAUGUUGGCUUUGGAAGCUCUAAGGCCAAGGAGAGCUUAAAGGCAAAGGGCUAAACAUGAACAGUUCUGACCUGUUAAUGUGCUCCCUGUGUCCCUUCCCACCACACUCAGAGCAGGGAUAAACCAACCUCUCGGUUUAAUUCUCCUAAAACUAAGCUGGGCUUGCCCUGCAGAGGUUGAAGGUUAAUACCAGAAUAAUCCAGUGCUUCUCUUGUUAUUAAAGUGAAUUUCCAGGCAAGCUUUCAGCAGGUCUCAAGACAUUUGUUUGGCUGUGUAUGUACUACCAGGGCUCUAAGUAUAGUCGUUUCCUUUAAAUGCCCAAUUAUAGCAAUCUUAAAACUGUGGGUAGGGAAGAAGAGCUUUUAUAAACUCCCCCAAGGCUGCUCUGUUCCCAGCACAGCCGUAUUCCUGCUGCUGGGCUGCACGGUGGUUCUCCUGCCAACAUUUCCUGAGUGGAGUGUGCAGCUGAUGUACAAUCCCAAUUAAAACUACACCUGACAGUA